CAUCGUCGGCGCCGCCCAUGGCCGAGGUGCUCGAGCCAGAGCCCGGGGCAGCCCCGGGCGCCGCGGCCCCAGCCGUGGAGACACCGGGCUGGAAGGCCCCGGAGGACGCGGGCGCCCAGCCCGAAAGUUACGAGAUCCGACACUAUGGACCGGCCAAGUGGGUCAGCACCUGCGUUGAGUCAAUGGACUGGGAUUCCGCCAUCCAGACUGGCUUUACCAGGCUGAACAGCUACAUUCAAGGCAAAAACGAGCAAGAGAUGAAGAUAAAGAUGACAGCUCCGGUGAUGAGCUACGUGGAGCCGGGUUCAGGGCCUUUCAGCGAGUCUACCAUUACCAUUUCCCUGUAUAUCCCCUCCGAGCAGCAAUCCGAUCCGCCCAGGCCUUCCGAGUCAGAUGUCUUCAUUGAAGACAGAGCUGAAAUGACUGUGUUUGUACGGUCUUUCGAUGGAUUCUCCAGUGCCCAAAAGAAUCAAGAACAACUGUUGACGUUAGCAAGCAUUUUGAGGGAAGAAGGAAAAGUUUUCGAUCAAAAGGUUUACUACACUGCAGGCUACAACAGUCCUUUCAAUUUGCUAAAUAGAAAUAACGAAGUGUGGUUGAUUCAGAAAAGUGAGCCCUCCAAAGAAAAGGAAUGAGGACAUGAAGGGAAGUAGUUGCAUUGCCAGGGGCUAGACGUUCAUGUAGACACCAACACACCUAUAAAUAAAAUGUAUGCCUAGUAUCUUC